AUGCUACCCUGGAGACGUAACAAAUUCGUGCUGGUGGAGGACGAGGCCAAGUGUAAGGCGAAGAGCUUGAGUCCGGGGCUUACCUACACGUCGCUGCUCUCCAGCUUCCUGCGCUCCUGCCCGGAUCUGCUCCCGGACUGGCCGCUGGAGCGUCUGGGCCGCGUGUUCCGCAGCCGGCGCCAGAAAGUGGAGCUGAACAAGGAGGACCCCACCUACACCGUGUGGUACCUGGGCAACGCCGUCACCCUGCACGCCAAGGGCGACGGUUGCACAGACGACGCCGUGGGCAAAAUUUGGGCGCGCUGCGGUCCGGGCGGGGGCACCAAGAUGAAGCUGACGCUGGGGCCGCACGGCAUCCGCAUGCAGCCUUGCGAGCGCAGCGCGGCCGGAGGCUCGGGAGCCCGCAGGCCGGCGCACGCCUACCUGCUGCCGCGCAUCACCUACUGCACGGCGGACGGUCGCCAUCCGCGCGUCUUCGCCUGGGUCUACCGCCACCAGGCGCGUCACAAGGCCGUGGUGCUGCGCUGCCACGCCGUGUUGCUAGCGCGGGCGCACAAGGCGCGCGCCCUGGCCCGCCUGCUCCGCCAGACCGCGCUGGCGGCCUUCAGCGACUUCAAGCGCCUACAACGCCAGAGCGACGCGCGCCACGUGCGCCAGCAGCACCUGCGCGCGGGGGGUGCUGCCGCCUCGGUGCCCCGUGCCCCUCUGCGCCGCUUGCUCAAUGCCAAGUGCGCCUACCGGCCGCCGCCGACGGAGCGCGGCCGCGGGGCGCCACGCCUCAGCAGCAUCCUGGAGGAGGAUGAGGAAGAGGCAGAGGGGGCGGAGGGGGCAGAGAAGUGCGAGGGAGGAGCCCCCCAGAACGAGCGGGCUGAGGUGCUCAGCCUAACCCGGGAGCUGAGGACGUGCAGCCUGCGGGGCGUCCCGGCACCGCCACCGCCGCCACCCGCACUGCCCCGUCGCUGGAGGGCUGGCUCCUGGGAGCGCGCGGGCCAGGCACGAUGA